UGUCCGUGUUCCCUCCCCGCCAGCUGGCGGGUGAGUGGGUUGGCUGCCGCUACUGGGCGACGAGGCAGUUGCAGCCCAGGCCGCACCUGCUCCUGCCGUUCAAAAUAAAACUCGUGGCCCUUCUCCUCCUCCUCCUCCUCCCAGCCCUUACCUACCUUCGAUCCUCCCUUUUCUCCGCUUCCUCCCGCUGUUUACCUCCACCAAACCAAACUUUUGUUCGACAGCAACCUCAUAGCCUCGUGCCGCUUCAUCGUCCGCCAUCUCGGUCACUAUCCUCGGGUACUACUCUACAGUCUCUUCCGACGAUCCAACGUCACAAUGAAGUCUGUCAUUGUCGCUCUCACCACCCUGGCCGCUGUGGCCCUAGCCCAGGACACGGCCAGUCUUGAGCAGUGCGCGAAAACCUGUGCCGACAACAUGAUGGCUGCCGACAAGGCAAAGGAACUGAACUGCAAGGCGGGUGAUCUCAAGUGCCUUUGCGCCAACCCCAACUUUAUGUACGGCCUUCGCGACUGCACCAAGGCCGUCUGCAACGGCAAGAAUAAGGAUGAGAUUGUCAAGUACGGCGAGAAGAUUUGCGCAGGCGCUGGCGUCGUCAUCACCACGGGCGGCGGCAACGGUGGCAGCGCCACCAACACUGCGAGCAACGGCGGCGCCACCAAGACUGGAGGCGAGGGCGGUGAUGGCAACAGCGGCGACGCCAAGGUCUCCACCAUCUUCAGCACCGUCACGGGUACUGAUGGCAACGUCCAGACGACUCCCAUUGCCACGACCACCAUCGGCGGCGGCGGCGCUUCUGGCACCAAUGGAAAUGGAGGCGCGGUCGUCACCACCGAAACCUCUAAUGGCUCUCAGAUCAUCCGCACGCUUACCACCAUGACCAGCAACCAGUCUGGCGGUGCCUCUGGCUCUGGCACCGAGUCGGGCACGGCUGGCGCUUCUGAGACGAGCGGCGAAAGCAACACCGCAUCUGAGACCGGUGGCGCCUCCACCACCGAAGGCGGUGGCGCCUCGAGCACUACUGGAGGCAACGGCGGUGCUUCGCAGACGUCGGGCACCGGCUCGGGCACCGGCUCGGGCACCUCGAGCAGCACCGGCUUUGCCGCUCCCCAGAAGACGGCCGCUCCUGUGGGUAUCCUGGCCGCCGCCGGUCUCGCCGCUCUCCUCCUGUAGAGAGCCACGAGCUGGUACGAUUUUUGAUGGUUACGCUACACAUGUUUGAUACAAAAUACCCGUCUAUACCUUUUCAUGCUCGGCCGCCAUCUCGACGAGUUCAUCGGGGUGCGACCGCGCGCCAGGAAGAUCUUUGCGAUGUGGAGUGUAGAGCACGUGGGCAAGACAUGGGACAGGUCAGGCUGCGGAGGGGUAAUGAGGUACAUGGAUUCUUUCACUCAAACUGGGGUGAUGAUUAAUGCACCAAAGAUCUUGUUUUCUCUGGUACGCAACGUGGUGUGGCGCCCGUGUGGUUCGAGUUGCCGGAACAAGGAGCGUCGGCGUCUCCAGCAGCCUG